AUGACAAGGCCAAAGAUUUACCUCUUCGGUGAUUCAAUCACUGAAUCCUCUUUCUCACUAGGUGGAUGGGGUGCUUCUCUCGCUCACCAUUUCUCUCGCACGGCUGAUGUGGUGCUGAGAGGAUACAGCGGAUACAACACUCGGUGGGCGUUGAAGGUGUUGGAGAGAGUUUUCCCUGCGUCACAGGGCGUUGACGGUGGAACCGCAAAAGCUCCACUUGCUUUGACUGUUUUCUUUGGGGCCAACGAUGCGUGCCUUCCAGAUAGAUGUUCUGCUUUUCAGCACGUGCCUCUCCAAGAAUAUAAGCGGAACCUUCACUCCAUUGUUUCCUUCUUCAAGAAGCUAUGGCCCACAACUCUUGUUCUCCUCAUAACACCUCCUCCAAUUGAUGAGGAAGCACGUUGUAGACACCCGUAUGUAGAAAAUCCACAGGGUCUUCCUGAAAGGACAAAUAACGCAGCUGGCGAGUAUGCUAAAGCAUGCAUUGCUGUGGCUGGAGAAUUUGGAAUACCUGUGGUUGAUAUAUGGAACAAAAUGCAACAGCACCCUGAGUGGGAAACAUAUUAUCUAAGUGAUGGUUUGCAUCUCACUGAAAGUGGCAAUCAAGUUGUUUUUGAGGAAGUAAUCACAAAGCUGAGAGACGAAGGCUUGAGUCUGGAAUCUAUACCAGUUGAUCUCCCACUUAUUAAUGAUAUUGAUCCUAAGGACCCCCUGAAGGCCUUUCUGCAUUAA